UAUUUGCUAUUUUCAUGUAAAAAUUUAAUAAUAAAUACAUUUAUAUUUAUAUAUAAGCAUAAUAAAUAAAUUUAGUUUAACCAAUUGUAUCAAGUAUAAUAAUAUUGAAGAUUAUCCGCAUUUUUAUCUACUUCAUGUUUAGUCGCAAGAGUGCAGCACUUAUCGCUUGUUACGUCAGACAAUAAUGACGUGCUAAUGGUUAAUGGCUUCUACUUACUUGAGCUACCUUUAUGAGAAAGCCAAAUACAAUCCAAAGAAAAUUCAUGAGAUAUGAUGCAUCGGCUAGUAAAACUAUAAAAAUAUGAUUGCCUGAACAUUUAAUUGUUACGAUAGCUAUUAAUCUUUAUCAAAUUUUACUCGUGGCCUACGAAAUAUGUGUUAAAACUGUUUACUGAGCAACGAACGUAACCAUUACAUCCAUCGCUACGUUGGACCAGCUCGAUGCGAAGAAACUCAACAUUUAGCGUGAUAUCACAAGAUUUAUAUUGCACGUGAGUACUGAUAUUAUUCAUUAACUUAUAAUUCUGUAAAAAAAUGAUAACUAAUUUUCUUUUAUGAAAAGUGGGCAACUCCCUUGCCACCCAGUCGUUAACAAUGGCGGCUAUGCUAACUCGGCCAAAAAAUUCUAUUUAACAAAAUAUUCUUCGAACGAACGAGUCAUAAGUUUAUAUUUGGUAGAUUUUUAUUUUUAUUUUAAAAAUAGGUAGGUGACAUGCCUAGCGGCCGUGAUAUUGAAAGAGCUGAACGUAAUGGAAGAUUUCGAUCACGUAGAAGAGGAAGUACUAGCAGUGAUAUAAAUCGACACGGUUUUGAAGCAUCUGAUAAAAAACACAGAAGGCAUGGAAAAAACAAAAGUUCUGGAAAAAAGAAAAAGAAGAGAUCAAGAGAUAAAUCCAUAGAGAAUGUGCCAACUGUUGCUUCUUCCAUUGUUAAACCUUUGGUUGAAUAUUCAGAUGUGAGUAGUGAAGAUUUAUCUGAACCAGAAGCUGGUGAAAUUCAGUCAGAAGAUAGUAGAGGUAAUAGCUAUACAGAUGGAGAAGUACCUGAACCAGUUUUACAAAGACGUUAUUAUGGAGGAAGCCCAGUACGUGCUCUUGGAGCAUCUCCUAUUAGUCUUUCACCAUCUCCACCAGUUCAACAUAGGCAUUCUAACAGACAUUAUUCACCAAAUGAGCAACAAUCUUCAACAAUGCAUGGUGGAACACCUGAAUAUGAAGAAGAGUCUAGACGAUAUGCAAGAAGAAAAGAAAAAAAGCAUAAACGAGAAAAGAAAAAGAAGAGAAGCAUCAGUCCUUCAUCUAGUUCUGGAAAAAAGAAAAAACGAAAGUCUAAAAGACAUUCUCGAAGUUUAAGUCCACAUCGUAUUACAGAUGAAAUUAUUAUAAGUCCAGAACAUGAAAAACCAGUUGGAAAUUGGUCAGAAUCACCACCUUUACCAUUAAAAGACAGUACUUCACCAAUAUCCCCUGCCACACCUCAAGAACAGAGGUGUUUAAGUGAUGUAGAACUUGAAAUAACAAGACAACCUCGAAAUGUAACUCCUCCACCACUUCCUCCAAGACCAACUGAAUCUCCCCAUACUCCUUUAUUACCUCCAAGAACAACAACACCAGAAAAUAGUAAAGCAAGUUUGUCCACAAUGAAACAUACUCCUGAAAGACAGAAGCAUAGUCCUAGUAUUCAUACACGACGUAGUAGUAUUAGUCCAGGGCCCACUAUUAGCUCAAGUCGUAGGAGACCUCAUAGUCCAAGCCCACCAUCACGUCGAAGGGACCAUAGCUUAACGAGAAGAAGAGAUUUCAGUCCAAGUCCAAUGGUGCAUAGACUCAGGCACAGUCCUAGUCCUACAAGACGAAGAGAAUUUAGUCCGAGUCCUGUAAGUCAUCGUCGUAGAGAUCCUGUUAGUUCUCCGUCUUCGAGUAAACGUAGACGACGAGAAGAAUCUGAACGACGACAUAGACAUCAUGAAAAAGAUAGAAGAGAUAAAAGGAAAUCGAGAUCAACUAGAAGUCCUACUGGAAGCAGAUUGCAUUUACCUCUUUCUCGUUCACGUUCGCGAAGUCCCGGACGAUGGCGAAAAGUACAAUCACGAUCUAGAUCACGUUCACGAAGAAGAAGUCGUACUCCGAAAAAAUCUCGUUCUCCUAGCAAAUCACAUAAAUCGGCAAGAAAACAUAAAUCAAAGAGUCCACGUCCUUCGAGAAUACCUUCUCCUUCUCCUCAUAGAUCCAGAGCAAGAAGUCCUUCAAGUAUUACAGCAAGAAAUCUUCGAGUACAAGCAAAGAUUAGUGAAACUAGUUUAUUUGCUGAACUUGUAAAAGAUAGAAAUAUGAGAGAAUUAGCAUAUAAAAAAUUACAAGCAGCUAAGGAAAAGGCUGUUACUCAAGAUGAAGUUCAAAUUAUAGAAGGCACUGACGAGAAAGAUGCUAGUAAUGCAUCUUCUGAAAAUAAACCUUCCACUGACAAUAAAGACAAAUAUAUAAAUCAUAAAGAACAAUUAAAGACAACAAGUGAAAAUAUGAAACCUGUUGAUCUUGUAGAUAUUCCUGUUCCAAUGUCGGAUGAUAAUGGAAUAGCAGGAAAAACUCCACCAUUACCAAUUACACAAACCGUUAAUGCACCAAGUGUAAUACAUGGAGCUAAUCAGCAUCCUCCAAUGAUUGUAUAUACUUCGCCUACAACUACAAAUGUUUGUCCAGUGACUGUUACAAGCAGUCCAAGUUUUCCAGCUGUUACAAAUUUGCAAGCACCACCAUUACCACAAUCUGAGACUGCAAAUGCAGCAGGUUUAGUAUCUAUGCCAGUGCCUAUUCCUGUACCAGUACCUGUUCUGCCUAAUUUAUCUGUUCCACCACCACCCAUACCUAUACCAGUUCCAGCACCAAAUACAGCUAUAUCUAAAUUUAAUCCUCCUAACAAUUUAGUUCCUCUUAAAUCAGUAGAUCCUCCUAAACCUCCUAUUGUGGCAUUUAAAACUAAAAGUUUAUCACGAUUACCACUACCACCUGGAAUUAAUCAAAAUGAUUUAGAAAGUAUAGACUCACCACCAAGUCGAUCUCCAAGUCCUCCUAGUAAGGCACAAAUGAAAUUCCCAGCUUCAACUCCGAAACCACCACAGAAGAAGAGUAUUAAAGACUUACCUAUGCCACCAGUUGUUCCUGGAUCAGAAGAUUUAAGUGGAGAAGAUGAUCCAAAUGCAACACCACCUCGUACGAAAGUUGAACAUGUCCCACCAAAACCGAAAUUAAAAAGACCAAAAAUUUUAAAGCGUAGAGGUUCUAGAAAUUGUCAUACUCCUAUGUCAACUUCGAGCGGUAAAGAUUGGGGAGAACGUUCUGUUGAUGUAUUUGAAUUCAUAACUCAAAUAGGAGAGGGUACUUAUGGACAAGUUUAUAAAGCUCGAGACAAACGAGCUGGUGUACUUGUUGCAUUGAAGAAAGUUCGUUUAGAAAACGAAAAAGAGGGAUUCCCUGUUACAGCAGUACGAGAAAUUAAAAUCUUACGUCAACUUAAUCAUAAAAAUAUUGUGAACUUGAGAGAAAUAGUUACGGAUAAACAAGAUGUAUUGGAUUUCAGAAAGGACAAGGGCUCAUUCUAUCUUGUAUUUGAAUACAUGGAUCACGAUUUAAUGGGUCUUUUAGAAUCUGGAAUGGUCGAUUUUAAUGAAAUGAACAAUGCAAGCAUUAUGAAACAGUUAUUAGAUGGAUUAAAUUACUGCCACAGUAAAAACUUUUUACACAGAGACAUCAAAUGUUCUAACAUAUUGAUGAAUAAUAAAGGGGAAGUUAAAUUAGCCGACUUUGGACUUGCGAGACUUUAUAAUGCUGAAGAUAGACAGCGACCUUAUACAAAUAAAGUGAUUACUUUAUGGUAUAGACCACCCGAAUUAUUGUUGGGUGAAGAACGUUAUGGUCCUGCAAUAGAUGUAUGGAGUUGUGGUUGUAUUCUAGGAGAAUUAUUUUCUAAAAAACCAUUAUUUCAUGCAAAUGUAGAAAUGAUGCAAUUGGAGAUGAUUUCCAGAGUCUGUGGAACUCCAACUCCUGCUGUUUGGCCUUCUGUGAUAAAACUGCCAUUAUGGCGUACUUUGAAACCAAAAAAAUCACAUAGAAGACGUUUACGAGAAGAUUUUUCAUUUAUGCCAGCGCCAGCUCUGGAUCUUUUAGAUAAAAUGUUGGAAUUAGAUCCAGAAAAACGAAUAACUGCUGCUGAUGCGCUUAAAAGUGCUUGGCUGAAAAAUGUUCAACCCGAGCAAAUGCCUGCGCCUCAACUUCCAACUUGGCAAGACUGUCAUGAGCUUUGGAGUAAGAAACGAAGACAUCAGUUACGAGAUCAACAAGAAAGCUCCGCUGGAAAGAUGCCUCUUCUUCCACUUCCAAAUAAAGGAGGUCCCCAUAAGGCUAUUGAAGAUCUAUCUGAUGUCGGGGGAUCUUCCAAACGUUUAAAAAUGGAAGCAGGUUACAAUUCUCAUCCAAAUCGUCUCAGUACGGAAUCCCACUAUGGAGGAGAUAAUUUGUUCAACCAAAGCAGACCUUAUAUGGUCUCAUCACCAUCAUAUUAUUACACUAGUCCUCCACCUGUUACACCACGACCCAAGGGAGAUACUAGACCUUAUAUGGUCUCAUCACCAUCAUAUUUUUAUGUUAGUCCACCACCUAUUACACCACGACCCAAAGGAGAUACUAGCUCUCAUAUGUCGGAAUUAUAUACGGAAGAUAGCCUUGUUCGAAGAUUAAGUUUACUCACAAAUGCAUUAAAUCAGGGAAAACCAAUUCGUGUUGAAGAUCUUAUGUCGCUUCGAUCAGAUAAUGAGAGUGAUCCAAAAGUAGUACAAUUAUUAGGAGAACUACAUGCUGAACUUCGACUUGCUGCAAAUUCAAGAUCAAGUGGACUAAUAGAAUCUCAGCUUCCUGUAUUAAAUCCACCACUUUUAGAUACAAAUGCAGCACAGUCAGGAAACUUUGAUGCACAUGCAGUUUAUGCUGGUGAUGAUGCAAUGAGUUCUGGAAGAUGGUCACAAGUGGCAACAGCUGGUGUUCGCAGUGCAUUAUUAGCGCUCAUGUCGCGCUAUGGUUUGGAAACUUGCAAUCCUUCCCCUGUUAUCACCCGACCCCCAGGUAAACCAAUAUCCAACCUAACACAGAACCUUUCCCUACCCUCAACUUCCUCUCAAUCAGCAUUCAGCUCAUAAUGAUUUGUAUAUAUAACUCUUUACAGCGUUCUAAACUAUGUUCUGUAUAAAGUUGGAAAAGGUCUAAAUUGCUAUUUUUUAAAUUAACUAGGCAUGGAAGUACAACUGCAUCCAAGUUGUUUAUAGACUACUCUCUGUUCAUAACUGUAAGUGCACAUUCGGUGUAUACUUGUAUAUAAUGGAUGUAUUAUUAAUACGUGACCAGUUACUUAAUAUAGUACUUGUAUCUUUAAUAAUAACAAUAUGCUCUUUAUAGUGCACACUUAUGCGAUAUAUGAAAUAAGAGCUUUAAAGUUUAUAUUAAAUUAAUAUUUAUCAUUUUAUCAUUUCUUCAUACAUAAAUUUCUUUUUUAUAUAAAAAACAUUUAAUUUAUGUGCAUACAUGAAACAUUCAAACAAGGUAUUUGAUUUAUGUAUAAAGAUACUUUUAUCUUUUUUGAAACAAAAAAAUUUGUUUUUAAAAUAUAUAGCGUUUAUUACAUAAUAAUUUAUGUUAGGUAAUAUUUUGUUAUAUAGAAUGAAUUCGUUAAGGAAAAAAAACAAAAAACAAAAAAAAACAAAAACAAAAAAAGAAAAAAAGGAGAAUGAAGGUAUUUUAAAAAAUUAAAAUUGGAUACGUUCGAAAUGUUUAUUUGCUGCAUAAGCCUUUUUUUAUAUACGAUGUUAAAUCCUUAUUUAAUAUAGAAAUAUUUACGGGAUGUGUAAUGUACAUAAUGUCGAGAUAUAAUAAAGAGAUAAAAGUACACGAUAGUAGGUUUUUUUUAGGACAGGUAAACUAGAAAGAGCAGAAACUAAUUUUUAAUAUAUUUUGAUAUAAAUAUAUAUUUACAAAGUAACGAUAUUAUGAAUAAAUCAUUUUUAUUUGGUUAAAUAUACUUACGAAAUUAUGUAAAAUGUUUUUUUCUACAAAAGAAUAAAAUUAUAGCUUUCGAAGCUCAAAUUAUUUUUGAACGUAAUAAAAACAGGAUAAAAAAAAAUUAACACAAGUUUCACGAACGUUUCAGAUUGAAGUGAUUCCAAGAAAAACACUGCGAAAAUGAGGUUAGGAAGUGUGCUUCUAUACCGGCAAGCUGUAUACAAUGUGUGACCAUAUCAUGGCGAUUUGUGCUGCGAUUUAAAAAGAAACUAUCGACACGCUGUAGAUUAUUCAGUGAAGUGAUCAGCAAUAUGACAUUGUGGGAAUGAAUAAUAAAUUAUUUGUUUUGUUGAA